AUGCCAGCAGAGCUCCAUCCAUGGGAGGAAGAAGAAAUGACGAACCUCACUUUGUCAAGCCUCCCAAGACUAAUGCGAAAGUCAUAGCUCUACAGCCCCACUGCUUACAAAACGACAAUACGAUUAUGCAGGAGGCUGAUGCUGCCAGGAUUCGAGUUGUGACCGGUUUGAUCGCUCAACGGGUUAUCACAGCGCAGGGAAGAUGGGGUAUCUGGCGGGACGAAGCUAGGUGGAUGGCCAGAAAGGCUGGCGAGAAAGAACAUGGCUUCUUUUUCUUCAAUCUUUUGACUGGCUUUCUUGCCACGCACACCGAUUGGCUGAACGCAAUGAGUCCGGCAUGGUACCGUCGAAAGCACUAUCAACAACAAAAGGCCAAAGGCGAGGAUGAUUUGUCACUCCCAGCACGAACCAUCAUCAUUUCGUCAGACAAGAUGAUGGCAAGACGUCUCAUCUUCCUUCUUUCUGCUUUCUUGCCAUCACACCAGCACCUGUCUUCAGCCAGAGCUCACCGGCCGAGUACUUCGACCUCUUUCGGAGCUUUCUCCCAAUCGCCACCUUCGCUCAUUAUCCCAAUUCUCCGUGAAGAAUCAUUGCGGCGCAAGAUCAACCGACGAACAGGGCCAAGGAGAGUAUCGCAUUCCCGUACUGUUAGCCAAAGUACACGAGCCUCCGGUGUUCCACCUCAGCUUGCGCACUUGAGUAUGGAGAGCCAUCAUGAGAGGCGCGUCUCGGACGCUGCCUCGAUCCGAUCGAAUUUGCCUAUUCCUGGGAACGACCAGGUCAGUCGGAAAAGUAGUGCAGCAACGACGACCACCAUCACCCCAGAGACCACUAUUCCACACUUUGCAACUGCCCAAAGAUUCGAGACCCGAAGAAGUCUGAGACCCGGCAGCAGUGGCAGUGUUGCCGCGGACGACCUCAAAAGGACACUGAAGCGAGGUGAAAGCUCAGGACACGUCAGCUCGGCGAGUACUGACUCUCGCAUGUCGGGCUCACGUUGGGGUAGUGUUAUUAGCACGCUGUGGAAUGGAAAGAGGAGAGAUUCGACAGGCUUGACCACUCCUAGCCAGCCCUACAGCAGCAACCCUACAUCCCCUACCAAAUCAGGACCGGGAGGACGUCGCGAUAGGCUGGCAGAAAUGGUUCGGGAAGUCGGCCCUGAAGGAUAUCGCCGAACAGACGAUCGCUUUCACAAGACUGAGAGCAAUGGCAACGGGCCUACAACACCGCGUGGAUUCGAUGAUCAGGCCGUCGAAGAUGCCCCUGAGAGGGUUCCCUUCCCCGAGCGAGUCCCUGACCCCAGUGGUGACUUCCGUUCGCCAGUCAAAACAUCAAUCAAUGCGGAGGACGGGGUAAUCGACGUUGACAUUCCCUUCCCGGACUACAUUACGUCUUUCGAAACCGCGGUCAGUUCACCGUCGAGUAGUGGCUAUCUGUCAACGCCGGGCAUUGGCAAUGGUUUGGAAGGCUUUGAGCAGUUUUCCCGCAUUACCAUUGACGGCGAUUCGCCGAUGAAUGUUGCCGGCUUCCUCCAGCGGUAUCAUCAGGACUUCAUCCUCCAGGCGGUCCCCCCUCAGGACACCCUCAUGGAGGACAUCAAGAAGUCUAUGCGCGCCGAGCCGACUCCGUUCAUUACGCAGCCCUUCUACUCUGCUGAGCAGCCUGCCGAUCGAUGGGUUGACGUCAGCAGCGCUCUCAUUGCAGAUACGACGACGCAUACGAUCAAGCGAAUUCGAUACCGCCGGCUCAUUCGACCGAAGCCAUUCACGGACAGGUCAGCACCUCUCGGAUCUGCAGGUUCCAGCGCCUAUGGCACUGCUCCCAUGACGCCGUCUAUUCUCCCCUACGAAACGCAGCUGGACGAUGAGUUUAUCGAAGAGCCGAUUGCUAGCCUCGACGAGGUUCUCAUUGACGCUGUCGAGAGAGUCAUUGCGCAGAGUAACGAAGUGAGCAAACAGAGCUCAUCAAACUCGUCCCGGUCAACGAGCAAGCGGCGAGAUCGCAGCAAUAGCGAAGCAUCGGUCUCCGUGGAUUCUCGUCACACCACCCGCAUGCCAGUCCCCUCUCAAGAAGUGCCCCGAGACCAAUGUAAGACGGUGGUCUUGUCCGCCCUCGACGAGAUCAUUCGCGAUGUCAUUGAGGAACGAGACCACGACACGCCUGAUGCUACCGUCCACGCCGUGGACCGCGACCGCGAAAGCACUCUCAAAGAGGCUGUUCGGGUUUGGCUCGAGGCUGUUGACCCCAGCGAGCAAGAGUGAACCAAACCGAACCAACCAAGCAGAAAUCCUGCAACUACAAACAACAAGCUGCUAUCUGCAGCGUUCAUGAUGUAAUGACAACUAGCAGACACUAUGGGUCUGCUAGUCCGUGUAUCACCACCAACCACCACAUUUUUUUUCCUUGGUUCACAGAAAGACGCAUAAACUGAGUUGAUACCCCAGGCGAAUAAGCCACGAUUGCUUCUCGAGAAAGGCUCCUGCACCGGCGCGGCAGGGUGCGACGAUGUGCAGCUGGCAUAAGCGGCAUAGGAAGGAACGAACACAUUCGGGUGUUCCGUUUGGCGUUUAACGAGGCAUAGGUUUUAGACGGAUUGGUCUUUUACCAUUUUGUUUAGAGCGGGGGAAUAGGUAUGAUGGGUAGUCAUGCCAGGGGAAUUUUUACUUUUGACCAAGGUCAAGGGACCUUUACUUAGCUAGGAGCGUACACGAAUGAAUAGGGGAAUGGAUCCCUUUCCUAGCAA